CGUCGGUCAUCCAUCUUUCCUUAAGAGAUCCUUACUACUCUAUUAUAUUACAUUUACAAAUACCCCUUCUUUAAGCUCCAUCUUUCGUUCAGUCAAUAAAUACAUCGAAUCCCAUAUACAUAUACACAUAUACAUACAUACUUUAUAUUCCCCCCAACCCCCUCAUCCCAAGCAAUAAUCAAAACCAAAAUUAUUCUUCUUCAACGGAAAAGACAUUGGCAAUUAUCUUCAACGGAGAUUUCCAUUCUCUUCCUGGUUGAGUUUCGUCAUCGUACCAAAAAAAGAAAAGAGAAAGACCAAUCAUUUAGUUCUCUAUUGUCGCACAUUUGAAAACGUACAAGCAUAAACCAUUUUUUCUACCUUAUUUCGCGGUGUUCUUGUUCUUUGAAGGUGUCUUAUCGCGUGUUCACCAUAGGCAGCUUUCCCCGCAUCAAGGUUGCGCCUCAGCUCAUCUUUCGAUCCCUCGAAACUUAUUUACAAGCUUGUUCACUUCGCCGCAUAAGAACUUCAGGAACUUUCAUCCUUUUGCCAGAACUUCUCCUCACCACUGUCUUUCAGAAAAAAAUAAAAAUAAAAACAAAUCCUCUUAAUCCUGAACGAAAAAGCCCCCAUAUCGUACAUUACUCAUACCUUGACAAGAGAAUACAUACAUACAUACAUACUACUUCCAACCCGUCAAAAAGAUAUAAAUAAUACUCGUCUAUUCUCCCCUCCGGAGAUUCAUCCUUCAACAUUCUGGAAAAGAGAGCUUUGGCCUUUCGCGCCUUUAUCCUUCCCACGACAAUGGGCUACGCAUAGUCCUGGCGACACAAAGCCUUCACGAAUUUGAAAUUCCGAACGCAUGCGCAGAAAGGUUUUGACUUUCGAUCUGCUGUUUGCUUCAACAACGACUAGUUCGAGCGAUUAUUGAGAAAUAGACGGUAUUUGGAUUAGGUUUAUAAAUUUGAGAAAGAGAAAGCGGCAUUAGAAGAGUUUCAUCAUUUUAUGCGGAAACCGCGAUUAAAGCAGGUAGGUGAGCUGCUUCUCUCAAUCCUUCCAUCUCAACACCCUCAGCCUUGACGGGAGUUUGUCUGGGAGUUAUUCCUGUCGCGAUUCUAGGGGUCUGAGGCUGACACGUCGAUCAAAUAGAUAAAGAGAUAAUAAUUGUAGUUUGCAAGUUUGGUUUCCUUGAUCGAGUCCAUCUCACAUCCGGUGAGUUUAUACUUUUCCUACUGUCGAGUCAAGCAGAGAGGUAUCCGAUCGACGAGGUAUCCGAUCGACCGGGUAUUUCCUUCUUCCGAGUGGUCAGGUUAAAGGGUGGAUUUAACCACAACAAUUGUUCAGAAUUGGCGCCAUCAAAUAUACAACAUCCAGAAAUUUUGUUUUUUGGACUAUUCAAUACUCUGAAGUCUGGGAGUACUUGCUCGAGAUACUCAAUCCCUAUUCCGACUUCUAGAGAAUUCUUUGAGAAUUAGCUGCAGAAGAUAUUCGGCACACAUAUCUCAGUCGGAUGAGCUACCUGCCUACCUAGGUAGCAUCAUCUAAUUCACUUUACCGGUUAUCGUCGCACCUGAAUUGGAAAAGUCUAUCUACGUCGUUGAACGAUGAGAUCCGGAUUCCAGGUUUCUGGAUCCCUCGUCCCAGUUCGCCGCCUAAUCUAGAUACAUUUUCUGGUUUUGUUGAAUGCUACCUACUCGAGACGAUUCUUGACAACCUCAGCCUUUCCUUCUUUUUCCAGUACGGUUUUUCUUAAUUACUGACGAAGAUUUGCGCUGUAUCAGUUAUUCGCUUCUUGUGCGCCAGUAUCGAAACUCCGUCCGCUUCUCUCUCCUUGCGGGGCACGCCAGAACCCACUCGCAAUCACAUCUAAACUUGGGCCUCUUUCAGCUCUUACACCUAGAUACCUGUUCACACCCCUUCCUACCCAGUCGAUUUCAUAUUCUUGGUCAAUUUCACAGGUUCGCUUACUGUCGACCAACCCCCCUUUGUAAAGCAGAUUUCAUCCAGAAGUUAAGCCAUUUAUGAGAAUUAGUUUGCUCAAAUCACUAUUUUAUCGAACCUCAGACAAGACUCUUUGUUAAUUUGGUAAGUUUUCAAUUUUUAGCUUGUUUUUAUCCUUGGAUCUACUUGGAAGUUUAUUCCUUUGGCUACGGGCUACCGUCCUCCAUCGCAUACGUUCAAUUAUUAGACCGCCUGCAUGAGAAGUUGCUGGGUUUCCUCUAGUGGCUUUUUGUUGUGGCGAACCCCUCUUAUUUUCGUAUGAUUCACUUGCUCGCUGCGCUGCUUACAUGAACAUAUGGUAUUCAACUUUAAAGCGUUUGAGAUCCAAGUUGUCGUACCACAAGUCUUACAUACGGUUCUUCACGUUGGAUUUAAAUGUAGAGCAGUUAUUUUUCCUCUUUACAGAGAACUAACAGUUUCUACACAGUCGCCAUGAGUUCAAGCAAUAAUAAGAUCGGAGCUAGUGGCAAGGCCAACCAAUCUAAUCCUUCGUCAAUCACAUCAAGCAAUCCUUCCCUUCUCCUUGGUAAAUUCAAUGAGCGACGGUCAACACCGGAUUCGGAGGCUUUGGCAAGUUCCGAUGAUGAACCCGAGCGACAAGACACCCAACAGCCAGUUAACCCGCCCCAAAAGCCACCCACCCGUCGAGCCUCAUGGCUGAACGACACCACUCAGUCUGGAGCGCAGCCGAGAAAGGGCUCGUUCGCAAGCAGCAGUAUGUCUCCAACAGCCUCACACCCUAGUACUCCCUCGGCCGACUCCAACACUUGGGGUCCUCAUGCCCAAGUAGCUGCAGGUCGUGGACAUACGAGCUCGAGCUCGUUCCCAUGGGGUAGUGGCAUUUGGAACAGCGAGUCACGUAAGGAGCCACCCUCUAGACUGACCGAAGUUCUACCAUCGCCAACAUCUUUGCACCCACCGGGCUCCGCUGGCAAUGGAUACUUUCCCAACGAAAUGAUGAGUCAACGAGAUCCUUCUGUAAACCCCACCAUUCCCUUUUCAAUUCCUCUACACCCCACUCCAAAGACGUACCGAUCUCAGUCAUACUCAGUUGGUCAGCUCGAUCCAGAUACUAGCGCUGGCCCAUCACCCGCAGCUGUUCCAGCGGCUUCAGGCCGGGGUCGUGGCAUAGGACACUCCGGAUUGCAGCAUCGACCAUCUCGGCCAAGUAUGCUGAGCGAGAUGACCGAGGGCGGUCUCGGAAAGGUCAAAGAAGUUGAGGAUGACGACGAUGGGAGUACUAACAGUUCUUCUCAUGGUACUCAAGUCCAAUCUCAAGAAUCCAAGACUAUUGAAUUGUUAGCUAGAGAGAAUGCUAUGUUACGCCAACAGCAAAGUUAUCAAAACUUACGCCUUCGACCUCGAUCUUCAACGUCCAAUGCUUUCGGUCUUGGUAAUGGUUAUGGCCUGCAAGAAGAAUCUUUACCCGAAGAGUCUGACUAUGCAAUUGACGAGCUUGAUGAACUCAACGAUUUACAGGAUCCAUCCAAAGCAAUGUUAGGACGAAGAAUGAGUGAGUAUGGUAUCGGUGGUGCACAGAGAGUCUCGCCCUACACUCUUGAGAACAGAAAUCUGGAGAAUGUCAAAAGGGCUUUUUGGCAAAGCUCUCUCGGAUUCGGCGGACUUUCCGAUAUCCCGCAGAGCAGGCGUCACUCUUUCGCUGAUAUACCUGCUCGACAAGGUUCCGUUAGCUCUAUUGCUGGUGGCGAGCCGUUGUCACAGCUUGAAAGCAAUAUCCAGGAGAGUUUGUCGCCAAAUUCCGGUCGGUAUAAUGAAGGCAAUGGAUAUCCUACAAACGAUCAUGGUAAGCAAUUCUCCUCUACUUUUUGCCUGCGUUUCAAAUUUUAGAAUUCGGUGCAGAGGUCCAUAUACUCAUACUAAUUGAAUGUAGCAUCUUCAUACUUUGGAAAUUAUGCCCCUCAGCCAGGUCGCAAUGCCGAUACUUUCACACCUUCGGCCUUUAAUCCUUCUCCGUAUCCUUAUGGAAACGCUAAUCAAUACCCUGGUGUCCGCCCCUCUUCACCUCACCGGAGCAUGUAUGGCGUUCCACAGCCUCGACAUAAUCAACUCCUCUACAUUGUCUUGUUCAAAUGUUCGCGAGCAGAUGUCUUCUAUGUUCAAGAAGGCACUGGUCUAUCUGUCAAACCUGGAGAUCUCGUGAUUGUCGAAGCUGAUCGAGGAACCGAUCUAGGCACCGUCGCUAAGGACAACGUGGACUGGGCUACUGCGAAAGAACUCAAAGAGCAUUAUGCCGAGGAACACUAUAAGUGGCUCAUGAUGUAUUCUCAGGGUGCUGUAGGCAACACUGAUGGAACGGGUGCCGGUUUAAUGGCUACUACGAAUGGUAUGCAAGGAAGUGCCGUCGGCGGCAUGGGCCCACCAAGCCAGCACGGCAUGCAAGAACCUAAUCCAGGAGAGAUCAAGCCCAAGAUCAUCAAGCGGCUUGCUCAGAACCAUGAAAUACAGGCUCUGCGCGAUAAGGAAGGAAACGAAGCAAAGGCCAAGCGUGUUUGUACGCAGAAAGUGAAGGAACACGGUUUACAUAUGGAGAUCUUGGAUGCCGAAUUCCAAAUGUAAGUCAACUAAUGAUCUCACCGAAUAAUCUGAUAACAUAAGCUUACCACCUUAAAUCUAGGGAUUGGAAGAAGCUCACAUUCUAUUACUUUGCCGAUGCCUAUAUCAACUUCAAUUCUCUUGUCACCGAUUUGUUUAAAGUAUACAAGACAAGAAUUUGGAUGUCGGCGAUCAAUCCCGCUUCCUUCGCAAGUCCUUCUCUUGGCUUGCAAGCACCAAGCGGUAUUGGACCUGGAGCUGUGGGUGUUAACAGAACCACCCAAAGUGAGCGUCGACCACAACAGGCCGAACAGCCACAAACAUAUAAUACAACACAAGCAGGACGAGGCUAUCAAGGCGUUUUCGCCCAGCCAUUCCAGCCGACUUUGGACAGAAAUUCGGCAGCCGCCCCUGGUUUCCAGCAUCAAGGAUAUACUUAUGGAUAUUCUCCAUUUGGAUCUACCAGGAAUGUUGGUACUGCAAGCGCGUAUGUCCCUUCGAUGAUGGAUCCUUAUCCUGGUUUUCCAAACACGACCGACUAUCAGGCGCCUGCUCGAUUUCCUUCUCCUCACGGCACCACUCCUACUCAUGAAGGUAGCGAAUACGGUCGACAAGGUGGGCUUGUCGGCCAAUCCGACGGCUGGAUUGGAGCUUUCCAAGGCUUGUCUAUGGGAACUCGUUGAGUCUAUCUUUCGCCGAAUCACAAACUUUACCUCUGGUCUUGAUCUAAUCUUUUUCAUUUCCAGCUGGUAAGUUUAGCCACGGGAUACUCCUACAGAACUGGAGACUAAAUACAUUUUGCUUUUGUAAUAUAUCACAGACGCCCUUCCCCACCGACCCUGUUAAUUCCUUGCAUGUUCUUGACGAGCAUGUUCGUCUACACAUUCGUUAAAUUUAUUUUCGUAUUGCGUUUGCGCCAGGCGGCGCGCUGUUUAUGGGUCAGGAGAACCUCAAUGCUAUGAAGACAUAUUGGAAUGACCUUUUCGGAAACGCUACAAUUUCUUUACAAUUUGAUCAUAGAGGAUAAUUGAGAAGGUUUCAUUCAGAAUAGGGAUUCUUCUGGAUUUACUACAUAAUCGGAGACAGGCACAGGAUUCGUACACAGCACACUGGACAUACUCUUCUUUUCGUCUUACUCUUCGUUGAUAACUUUUUUUUGUUUCUCGGUUAGUUAGGAAGACUACACCUUUUUGCAUCUUCUGAUUGCAGCGGCCUGACGCGUUACCACGACUUCACGAAAAAAAAAAUAAGUUUCCAAGAACUCCCAUUGAUAGAUAGAUCUUUUCAAAUCCGGCGGUGUCAAGUGGGAAAAAAGAAAUUGGGUAAAUUUGCAAAGGAUAAUGGAUGGAUGCAUGUUUCAUUACUUUUUUUCUUUCUGAACUCUGAUUCUUUUCUGACCUGAUUGAUUUGUUACCUUUUUUGUGUCUUUCUCUUCAUCUGCGAUUUAAGGUCGUUGGGUAUCAAAUAUGGUGGAUGGAAUUGAAUGGAAUGGAAUCAUAUUUGAUGCAUGUUUAUAGGUUUAGGGAUAUGGAUGUGGAAUCGGUAGCAAGAAUGAAAUUCGUACACUGGUUACUUAUUCUGAU